GCUUAUUUGGAUCUGCUUUCAUCUAGAUCGCACCUCAUCCCCUGCAUGCUUGCAUGUGCCACUGUUCAGUAGUGUUCACAUAUAACUCCACCCUUGCAUUUUAUUUGUGUGUCUACCCCAUCACCUUUUGUUGUUUCUAUAUAUAAAGAAAGCAAGGAAACAAAGCUUCGGCCUUUCUGCCCUCAACCUCAAGAUGGCAUCUUUCAACAAGAGGCUGCUGGUUGCCAUACUGUUGCUUCUUAUCUCAUUAGCCAUUCAGAUAUCAGAUGGGGAGAUGGAGCAAUGGUGUGUAGCAGAUGAACAAACACCAGACAAUGAGCUGCAGGCAGCCACUGAUUGGGCUUGUGGGAAAGGGGGUGCAGAUUGCAGUAAGAUUCAGUUGAACCAGGCUUGCUUUUGGCCCAACACAACCAAGGACCAUGCCUCUUAUGCCUUCAACAGCUACUUCCAGAAGUUCAAGAACAGUGGUGGAUCUUGUUAUUUCAAUGGAGCCGCCAUUGUCACUGACCUUGAUCCAAGUUAUAACUCUUGCCAGUACGAGUUCAUUCCGUAAUCCAACGCCAAGCAGACGGAGGGGUAAUUCUUUUGCUCCAUUCUUUAUGUCUACCCAGACGAAGAAAUUUGAUCAUGACGUUAUAGAUUCAAAUUUUUCAGUAAUGAAUUUUCUGUUGGUCGCCUUUUCCCCUCGUUUGAGGCUUCACUUAUCGCAGUUCUUCUAGUUAAAGCACCAAUUAUCGCUACAGUAGAUUUCUUUUUCAAACGUGCUUUUGAUGAAUUACAAAACGGACUGUCAAAAUUGAUCUCUCUUUACCGUAAAAAGGAAGCACAACACAUAUAAGUCGUUAUGACAGGGAGAAAAGAAGAAAAAAAAUAGGCAGAAAAAAUGAAGAACACAAGGGUCAAUUAUGCAACCAGUAAGCUAGAGAAAUCCAACAAGACAACCAUAUUUAUCCACCUGCAUUGGUUUCACCAUACAAACAAUCAAGAACAUCCUGGAGUUCCUCAUGCAUUACAUCAACAAGGACAGAAAGAAAAACAUCCCCAUCUCCUCCAUAUAGCACAUAUAUAUCGGUUGGUUAUCUGUCAAGGUGAUGGCAUAUGCGUUUUGCUCAAAUCCAGCUUUACAUAAACGUUGCCAGUAACUUGGAAGACAAGUUCUGAGUCGAUCUGAAGCAGCCACUUCCAUCAGAAAAGCAAGCUCGCCCAAGCAGCAAUGAAUGCAAAGCCACCAAAUGGAGCUACCUUUCCAUACGAUCGGUCCUCCAAGUAUGCAACGGUAUAACACCUGGAGACAGAAUAACACCAAAUUUUUUUAUAAGCUUAGCGUCAUUAAAACAUGUUAAGUUGAUAGGGCAUGUUCUCUAAGAAGAAAGCAAGUCAUGAACAUUACUAGAUCAUCAUAAACUGUGUUUGAAGAAGAUACUCCGAAGUCUAAAAGAGGAUCGAGAGAUUGAAAAAUGGAGGCAGUCAAUCAAAUAAUAGCAUCAUUAAUGACCAACUGCAGAGCACAUAAUGGUACAGAUUUGCAAGCAACUUAACAAGCUCAACUGAGAUCCAUACCAGCUGUUCCAGAUUAAUGACAAAUACUUUACUAAUUAAAGAAGAUGCUUAUAAGUCUCUAGCUGUUAACAGUGUAUCAGCAAUCAAAUAAUCAGAAUCUUUAGUGAAUAGAUGCAAGUAAAUUAUCCUGUGGUUCUGCAAGGAACUUAGCCAGCUCAACUGAUCCGUACCAGCUGAUACAGUUUCUUGAAGAAACUUCAAUAACUAAAGAGAACGAUGCAGUUUAAAGGAUUUCGCAUUUAACUUAGCUGAAAAUUAACGAACUAAGCACUU